UAUUUUGAAACCGACGAUGGUUGCCUUGAUUUAUUUUGUUUUUUUAGUCGCUAUUUUUGAGAGUGCUCAUUCCAUUGCUGUGCCGUCUUCUUCAAAACUAAAGCUAGUGAUCGAUCAAGAUGGUGGAGCAGACGAUGCUAUGGCAAUAUUUAUGGCUCUGUUGAACGAAAAAUAUUAUAAUGGCCCAAAAGUAAUAGCAAUAACAACAACCCAUGGCAACGUCGGGGAAGACCAAGUAUUUAACAACACCCAAAGAAUCCUCACAGUGGCUGACAGGAGAGAUAUUCCAAUAUACAGAGGCAAUAAAAAAUCUUUGAUUAUUGAUUCAGAAUCUGAUUAUUUCUUUGGUUACGAUGGUCUUGGUGACAACGGCAUAGACACAUUUGAAUCCAUACGUGCUCAGAAGGAACCAGCUGUCAUCGGGCUUAUAGAGUUGUCCAAAAAAUAUUCAGGAAGCCUUGUAGUAGUUGCUUUGGGAACUCUUACCAAUAUCGCACUAGCAUUGCGAUCCGAUCCCAAGUUUUUAUCGAGGCUCUCACAUCUUUACGUUGGUGCUGGAAAUAUUUACAGCGACAACUCUACAGAACCAGAAUUCAAUGCACAUAUGGACGUGGAAUCGUAUUACAUAGUAGCAAAUGAGAGUAUACCAGACAAAGUAACAAUCAUACCUUACUCGCAGAUACGGAAAUACCAAACAAUAAGCAAGGACUGGAGGCUAAAUGUUUUAGGUUCCAUAGAUACAAAAAUAAUGCAAGCCCAAAACCAGUUUGAGCAGAGAUCAAUUUCAGUCGUCACUUCUUGGUGCCUAUUGGACCCAGCCGUGAUGGGUAUCGUGUUGAAUGGAACUUCAAUUGUCACAGAAUCUCGAUAUUCCAAUAACAGUAUUAUAUUAACUGGCGAUCAAAGAGGUAUAAAUACAAACGAUUUUACGACGAAAGACGAAGCCAACGCUCGUGUUAUAUACGAAGUCAGUAAAGAACCCUUCAAACAAUUGUUAUAUAAUUUAUUCUCAGCGGAGUUAAGCACUUAAGAUUCUGACUAAAACUGAGAGAGAAACUAUGAAAUAAAUAUAUUUGUGAAAUUUAUAGGUUUUAAAUUAUUUUUAUAAUACAAUGAUUCCAUACUUC